AUGAGCCCGUGGUCUCACAAGGCUGAACCAACAGCACAGCACACUUUUUUUUUGGGCGUGGUUUGUAUGAUUUCUUCCGGUGCCGCUCAAGGUGUUACUCUCUCCAACGUCCUAUCUUCUCAUCCUCGCUUCAACAUUCGAAAUCGACGAUUGCGCAUUGACUACGCCGGAUCGAACGUUUGGACCUUACAAAGGGGUCUUUAG